AUGUCCUUCGAUCUCCCCCAAGCUCCUGUGGCCCUACAUUCCCGUGGCGCACUGUCCCACGAGACCGUUGCCUUGACGCCCCUAAGAUCGACAGAGCCGUUGACACCCCGUGCAAACAACGUACCUUUACACCGUCGGGCAAACACCGAACUUGCCAGACCUCCACGCUUUCACGAAGAACUCGAAGACACAAUACCAGAACCUCCGAAGAAUACUUGGACGGAAACCACACCGAAGAAGAAGCUCGAGGCCAGAGCUCGGGUCUUAUCAGAUUGGUUUCAGGGUAAAUCAGACCCGGUGGAUUUGGGUCUGAAAAUGGCACCCAACGCUUCAGAUGGGUCAGGGCCCGAAUCACGAUCGCCUUUCGUCUCACAUACUCGGCAACACUCGACCCCAGUGACAAAUCGUUUCUCGUUCUUCGGCCUCCGUCGACAGCCCAGCAAGCCCAACUUCCCAGAACCAGCCGAAGACGAAUUCCUCAAUCUCGAUAUCACAGCUGCGCUGUCAUUACCCGAGUCGGACUCUGACUCUGAUGACGAGGCGCUGGAUGCCUUCCGUCACCAGGCCGAUAAACUGCUACGACGCAUGCAAGAUGCCUACAAGCAACGCACCUUCGCCAUGCACCAAGCACUGGCCGAUAAGAACGAAAAGCAAGAAGAGCUCGAAGAGACUCGCUCGAGGGUCGACAAUCUAAAAAUGCAGCUGGACGGCAUGGCAGCGAAGGUACUUGACCAGGAGAAAGCCAUGCAGGCCAUGGCCGAGGAGUUGGAACAGGAGAAACGGUUGCGAAAGAGCGAGGAGUCACGGAGUCGCAGCCGCACAGUCCGCACAGUGCCUGUAGACGAUGAACCCUCUUUGGCGCUCCAAACUCCUCGUCGUGGCAGCAAACGCGCUAGCCACAGUACAUUCACUAGCGACUCAGGCUUUGAGUCUGGGGACGAAAGCAUUGCCGAUAGCGUUUUCUCUCAACGGGAGGGGAUCGAAUCUCCCACCUCUACUCUGGCGGCGCCGUCUCCGAACUUGUCGCAGAUCGCCUUGUCUACGCCAACUGGCCCGACACCAACUCCUGCCAUCCAGAAGAGUCUGGUCGCAGUCACCAAUGGCCCAGCACCUGCCCGGUCAUCGGCAUACGACCGCGUGCUCAAGGGUCUCGCCUCCACGCGUUUGGGGAGCUCCUUUGGUGCGAACAACGCGUCUAAUUGCACCAACUGUUAUGGUGUGCCGGCCUCCGAGGCCUGGAGUGUGAUGGGCGUUUUGAAAGAGGAGAACCGGGGCCUGAAAACUAGACUUGGCGAACUUGAAGUCGUCAUUGACGAUUGCUUGGGCAUGGUUGUACGCUUCCUUGACUUGAUCAAGCCCUUCACGCCCCUCCUCCCGGAAGUGGCAGCUCCUGAGACUAAGGUCCCCUUCAACCAGAAGCUGAUGUGGACUGGUUUGACUCUCAUGAUCUUCCUGGUCAUGAGCCAGAUGCCUCUCUACGGUAUCGUUUCAUCUGACACCUCGGACCCCCUGUACUGGCUCCGCAUGAUGUUGGCCAGUAACCGUGGUACUCUCAUGGAACUGGGUAUCACCCCUAUCAUCUCCUCCGGCAUGGUCUUCCAGCUCCUCGCUGGUACCCAUCUCAUCGACGUCAACCUUGACCUGAAGACCGACCGCGAGCUCUACCAGACCGCCCAGAAGCUCUUCGCCAUCAUUCUCUCCUUCGGCCAGGCCUGCGUUUACGUCCUGACUGGUCUCUACGGCCAGCCCAGCGAUCUCGGCGCUGGUAUCUGUGUUCUUCUGAUUGUCCAGCUCGUCGUUGCCGGUCUCGUUGUUAUCCUGCUCGAUGAGCUCCUCCAGAAGGGCUACGGUCUCGGCAGCGGUAUCUCUCUGUUCAUUGCUACCAACAUUUGCGAGUCUAUUGUCUGGAAGGCUUUCUCCCCCACGACCAUCAACACCGGCCGUGGUCCUGAGUUCGAGGGUGCCAUCAUCGCACUCUUCCACCUUCUCCUGACCUGGCCCGACAAGCAGCGCGCUCUGUACGAGGCUUUCUACCGCCAGAACCUUCCCAACGUCAUGAACCUCCUGGCUACUCUCCUCGUCUUCGCCGCUGUCAUCUACCUGCAGGGCUUCCGUGUUGAGAUCCCCGUCAAGUCUUCCCGCCAGCGUGGCAUGCGCGGUUCCUACCCCGUCCGCCUCUUCUACACCUCCAACAUGCCCAUCAUGCUGCAGUCCGCUCUCUGCUCCAACAUCUUCCUUAUCUCCCAGAUGCUGUACUCCCGCUUCUCCGAGAACAUCCUCGUCCAGCUCCUCGGAGUCUGGGAGCCCCGUGAGGGAUCUGCCCAGCUCUACGCUGCCUCCGGUAUCGCUUACUACAUGUCGCCCCCUCUCAACUUCAAGGAGGCUCUUCUCGACCCCAUCCACACCGCUGUCUACAUCACUUUCAUGCUCGUUGCCUGCGCCCUCUUCUCCAAGACCUGGAUUGAGGUUUCUGGCUCCGCUCCCCGUGACGUUGCCAAGCAGCUCAAGGACCAGGGUCUCGUCAUGUCUGGUCACCGUGAGCAGAGCAUGUACAAGGAGCUGAAGCGCGUCAUCCCCACUGCCGCCGCUUUCGGUGGUGCUUGCAUCGGUGCUCUCUCCGUUGCCUCUGACCUUCUCGGUGCCCUCGGCAGCGGUACUGGUAUCCUUCUUGCCGUGACUAUCAUCUACGGCUACUUCGAAAUUGCCGCCCGCGAGGGUGACAUUGGCGCUGGCCUCAAGGGCCUCGUCCCCGGCAGCUAA